CAUAAUUCCCCAGCAUAACUCCUUCACCAGGACACAGACAUCUACCUGCUUGUGCAGAAUCAUUUUUGCACCAACCAUGGCCAACUUUCUGAAGCUCAGGAACGAUGCCAAGAUGCCCAUUGUGGGCUUGGGCACCUGGCAGGCUAGCCCAGGCAAAGUGGAAGAAGCUGUGAAGGUGGCCAUUGAUGCAGGAUAUCGCCACAUCGACUGCGCCUACUUGUAUGAGAAUGAGGCUGAGGUGGGAACAGCCAUUCAAGAAAAGAUUCACGAGAAGGUGGUAAAGCGGGAGGACCUCUUCAUUGUUAGCAAGCUGUGGCCUACCUUCUUUGAAAGAAACCUGGUGAAGAAAGCCUUCCAGAAGACACUCAAGGAUCUGAAGCUGGACUACCUGGACCUCUAUCUUAUUCACUUUCCACAAGGACUGAAGCCUGGGAAGGAGUUCUUCCCCAAAGAUGCUAAUGACCAAUUGAUCAUGUGCAAAGCAACAUUCCUGGAUGCCUGGGAGGUCAUGGAGGAGCUGGUGGAUGAGGGGUUGGUGAAAGCCCUUGGUGUCUCCAACUUCAACCGCUCUCAGAUUGAGCGGCUCCUGAACAAGCCUGGAUUGAAACAUACACCCGUGAACAAUCAGGUCGAAUGUCACCCAUACCUGACUCAGGACAAACUGAUCCAGUACUGCCACUCCAAGGGCAUCAGUGUCACUGCCUAUUGCCCCCUGGGAUCUCCAGAGAGACCUUGGGCCAAUCCAGGGGACCCUUCACUGCUGGAAGAUUCCAGGAUUAAGGAGAUUGCCGUAAAGCACAAGAAAAGUGUAGCCCAGGUUCUGCUCCGCUUCCAUGUCCAGAGGAAUGUUGCGGUGAUCCCCAAAUCCGUGACGCCAGCACGCAUAAUUGAGAACUUGAAGGUCUUCGACUUCACAUUGAGUAAUGAGGAGAUGGCCACCAUCCUCAGCUUCAACAGGAACUGGAGGGCCUGUUCUUUGUCUCUGUUUUCUCAUUUGAGUGAAUAUCCCUUCCAUGACGAAUACUGAAGCUGAAUGGCUUUGAGGUUGUCUCAUGGGCUACCUCUCUCUGCUGAAGUGGAAUUUUCUGCCUCUGACUAUAAUUUUAGCAAAGGCUAUCUGAAAACAUACACUGUACCUGGCUUUCUUGUUGGCCAGAAUUUGGUGUUAGGUCCUUGGAGAGCCAUGACUGACCAGCACAGGGACAGAUACAAGCAACACAUUUUUCCCCCACUUAUUUGAUUUGAUUAAAUGCUUGUUGAAUACCAGCGACUCAGCAUACAACGAUGAACAUAAUGAAAAUUAUGAAACUA